AUGCAGCCUGACAGCUAUUCCCUAACUCCCUCUGAUGCUGAGCAGAGUCCCAAACCUAGCCUCGAGAAUACUGCGAAGCUUCACGAGACGUCAUCUGAAGCCAUUGCAGCUAGAGCACCAGAACGCAUCAUUCGCCUCGACCUCCAAGUUACCCGUUGUGCAGCGCAUGUCAGUCGAAAGAUAGAUAACACGGCACCGGUAGCUCCCCCACCGCGCCUCUUCCGUCAGGCACAAACGCCUCUGCAGGCCAGACGCUUAAAUCCAGGUCGAGGCAAUGCCAGAAAGACAGAUCUUUUCAGGCACAGUCUUGCGUUGGAACCUUUGAAGGACGACCAGCGGUUUCAAUAUGGGGAAAAGUUUCGUGAAAUCAAAAUAUACGACGACAGAGCCAGAACGCUCCACAACGUGACACUACAUGGAGACGCCAUAGAGGCCGCCAUGGGCAAUCGCUUCAUUCAGAGAGAAUCAUUCAUGGGUAGUAUUCUAGCUGAAAGUCCCUCCAGCAUCCCUCUUGAAUCCAUUGCAAAGGAUGUUGAGGCAGAGGUUAUGUGGCGCCUCAACAUCUUUAGCCCAGCCAUGGACUACGUACAGCAAGAUUCAGACGCAAUAUCCUACCUCACCCGUACUAUGAAAACUCUAUGUCUCUUCCUGUGGUACUGCACGCCUAGGACCCAUUGCAGCAAAGAGUCCGUUAUCAAUUCAGCUGCUCAGCUUAUGCAAGGCAUGUCUGCAGACUCAACGGCAAAGAGUCCUAUAGAGACUUUGGCGGGUGCAUAUAUGUCCAAGAUCAUAGAAGGGUUCGCAGACUUCCUUAUUACAAGUCUACAGCUUGGGAUAUCUGACAACCCGCCGAACGAAUACAAUCUGGCGAUUUACGAACCAUUCCAGCUCAUAAUCCGCUCGCGUAAAAACGGUCGUCUUACAAAGGAAUACAUCGAAUGGGUCACUGAAGGUCAUGAUGAUGACGAUGCUCAGAAACAGUGUAUCAAAAAACAAUCGAAGCCCAAGCUACACAAAGUGGAACCUUACAAAUAUAUGGAAGAUACACGUCAGAAAUUUAUCAUGAACCCUCUCAGGCCUGGAGUUGUGUCUUUGCUUCUCCUCAAAAAGACUAACCCUGUGAUUGUCAGAGAUGUUUCUACUAUGGAACUGAGUUCUUUGGGCUGGUUUCUUGAUGGUAGUGGACUUUCAUACUGGAGGUACAAAUUGCACGUAGCGUGGGAGGGGUUUGGGAUCUUCAAGGUUAGCAUGGAUGAUGAAGUUCUAGAAGCGUGGAGGCCCCGUUAA